AUGGAAUGGUGUCCGCAAGCUUCAGGAUGCAGUGCUUCUUCUUCACCUGCAGUUAUCCAGGCUUUAGGUGAACAUCUUAAAUUAAGACAACAAGUUAUUGCCACUGCUACAGUCUACUUCAAGAGAUUCUAUGCCAGAUAUUCCCUAAAAAGUAUAGAUCCAGUAUUAAUGGCUCCUACGUGUGUGUUUUUGGCAUCCAAAGUAGAGGAAUUUGGUGUUGUUUCAAAUACAAGGUUGAUUUCUGCUGCUACUUCUGUAUUGAAAACUAGGUUUUCGUAUGCCUUUCCGAAGGAGUUUCCUUAUAGGAUGAACCAUAUACUAGAAUGUGAAUUCUAUCUCUUAGAAUUAAUGGACUGCUGUUUGAUAGUAUAUCAUCCUUAUAGACCUUUGCUCCAAUAUGUGCAAGAUAUGGGCCAAGAAGACAUGCUGCUACCUCUCGCAUGGAGGAUAGUGAAUGACACAUAUAGAACUGAUCUUUGUCUGCUGUACCCUCCUUUCAUGAUAGCUCUAGCUUGCCUACACGUGGCCUGUGUUGUCCAGCAGAAGGAUGCAAGGCAGUGGUUUGCUGAGCUAUCUGUUGAUAUGGAAAAG